ACAUCUCACAGACCAAGCUCUAUACAAAUCGAAGAGCAUCAGCGAAUUUUCAGAACUCUAGCUAGAGCAUAUGUAAGGUUUAUAUUUUCAUUUUUUCAAAUUUUAAUGAUUAAUUGUAGGUGCGUGCAAUCUAAACAUUUAGAAAAAUGUUAUUCCCUUGAGUGCAUGCAGUUAAAAAGAAGGUCUGAACAUGAAGUCUGGAUCGGUCCUAAAGCUCAUGAUGAAACUUGUGGCUUGUAGUCUGCUGGUAAUACUCAUGUCAAUCUCCGUGGCUGCUAAUUGUGGACGUCGCCCUGGUGGCGACCCUGGCGGAAAUCCACCUCCCUCCUCUUAUGGUGGUCCUGGUGGCACGGGAGGAUGGACAUUUACACCUGGAAAUCCUUACAUGCCUUGCGAGGGAGGUUUUUGUCCUAAUGGCGGUUCUACCUCACUCCAAGCAAUACUUGGCCCAGUUACUUGUCUCAUUCUUUUAUUUUACAUUUUACUUAUUGUUUGAUGUGAAUUUGCUAGAUAUAUAUUUAGAUAAAUAAUAAAUAAAUAAAUAAGUAAAUAAAUAGUAAUAUUUAUU